AAUGGCUUAGAACAAAAUUCAUAAGAGAGUGGCUAUUUUUGAAGCUGAAGGAGGUUCAGAUAAGACUUGGAAUGGUCAUAGAAAGGACACAAUGCCAAUAGUUGAAGCCUUUAAAGAAUUAGGAUGGACAGCUGAACCCAUCUUCUUUAGAGAUGAAUGGAAGGAAGCCAUCACAAAGUAUGUCAUUGAAAACUGUGAUGCUUACAUUCCAAGAAUCAAUACAGGAAAUCUUCCAAAUGGUGAGGCUGUCUUCAAUCAAGCCUUGAGAGAAAUGUGUGCUGCUGGAGUAGUUGGUACACCACACCCAGACACUCUUAUGAAAUAUGAUUCUAAAUUAAGUCUUGUAGACCUCAAUAAAACUCCACUUUCACCAGCUGACACAGUGGCUUAUUUCAAAUGGGAUGAGUUAGUCAAGAACUUCCCAACUUCUUUGACUAAUGGAGAAAGAGUUCUUAAAUAAAAUAGAGGAUCCACAGGAGAAGGAAUCUGGAGAGUUCAAGUUGCUGAGGGAGUCUAAGUUGUUAAGGGAUAAGCCUUACCAUUAGAUACCAAGAUCAAAUGCACUGAAGCAGUAGACAAUCAUGUUGAACAUCACACACUUGAAAGCUUCUUUAAAUUGUGUGAAAAAUAUUAUAGAGUUGAAGAAAACUUCCUCAUUGAUAUGAGAUUCUUACCAAGAAUUAAGGAAGGUGAAGUCAGAAUCUUCUUAAUGGGAACAAAACCAUUAUUUGUUAUCCAUAAGAAACCAGCUGAUAAAUAAGAUGCUUUUUCAGCAACACUUUUCUCUGGAGCAACAUACAAAUAUGAAUCACCAGAAGCUUGGCCAGAACUCAUUAAAUUCUUUACAUCAUGUCUAUAAUAUUUAACUGACAAUCUAGGAGAUGUAGAGACCAUUUUAGAUUGGACAUGUGAUUUUAUUCUUGACACUGAUGAAAAUGGAAAAGAUAAAUAUUGGAUUAGUGAAGUCAAUGUUUCAUGCAUUGGAUUUACUAAUUAAUUAGAUAUUGGUAUCUAAUAAGAGAUGGCNUUUAUUAUAAUAUAUAAUUAUUAGGGGUAUAUAAAUUUGCAUUAUAUUUGCUUAAUAUCUUAAAUAUAAAAAUAUCUUUUUUGUAUAAUGGCUUAAGUUAGAAAACUACACAGAAGAGUGGCUAUUUUUGAAGCUGAAGGAGGUUCAGAUAAGACUUGGAAUGGUCAUAGAAAGGACACAAUGCCAAUAGUAGAAGCCUUUAAAGAAUUAGGAUGGACAGCUGAACCCAUCUUCUUUAGAGAUGAAUGGAAAGAAGCUAUCACAAAGUAUGUCAUUGAAAACUGUGAUGCUUACAUUCCAAGAAUCAAUACAGGAAAUCUUCCAAAUGGUGAGGCUGUCUUCAAUCAAGCCUUGAGAGAAAUGUGUGCUGCUGGAGUAGUUGGUACACCACACCCAGACACUCUUAUGAAAUAUGAUUCUAAAUUAAGUCUUGUAGACCUCAAUAAAACUCCACUUUCACCAGCUGAUACAGUGGCUUAUUUCAAAUGGGAUGAGUUAGUCAAGAACUUCCCAACUUCUUUGACUAAUGGAGAAAGAGUUCUUAAAUAAAAUAGAGGAUCCACAGGAGAAGGAAUCUGGAGAGUUCAAGUUGCUGAGGGAGUCUAAGUUGUUAAGGGAUAAGCCUUACCAUUAGAUACCAAGAUCAAAUGCACUGAAGCAGUAGACAAUCAUGUUGAACAUCACACACUUGAAAGCUUCUUUAAAUUGUGUGAAAAAUAUUAUAGAGUUGAAGAAAACUUCCUCAUUGAUAUGAGAUUCUUACCAAGAAUUAAGGAAGGUGAAGUCAGAAUCUUCUUAAUGGGAACAAAACCAUUAUUUGUUAUCCAUAAGAAACCAGCUGAUAAAUAAGAUGCUUUUUCAGCAACACUUUUCUCUGGAGCAACAUACAAAUAUGAAUCACCAGAAGCUUGGCCAGAACUCAUUAAAUUCUUUACAUCAUGUCUAUAAUAUUUAACUGACAAUCUAGGAGAUGUAGAGACCAUUUUAGAUUGGACAUGUGAUUUUAUUCUUGACACUGAUGAAAAUGGAAAAGAUAAAUAUUGGAUUAGUGAAGUCAAUGUUUCAUGCAUUGGAUUUACUAAUUAAUUAGAUAUUGGUAUCUAAUAAGAAAUGGCACAGGAGCUUAUUAGAAAGGUCUACAAAAAGAAAGGAACUUAAUGAGUU